AUGUCCAAUCCCUUGCCGGCUUUUGAGACACUGAAGUCCACGAACAACGGUAAAGAGAUGCUAUUGCUUAUCAUGAAACAAUCUCCAAAUCACGAAGAUAAAGAUCAACAAUGCGCUCCAAGUAAAUCCAAUGCCAGCAUGGAUAAUUUACACGAUGUGACCUUCUUUCCCUUUGAAGAACCUGAAGAUGCAUUGCGCAGCCUGCUGACCAGAUGGAAUCUUCUACAUUUAUUUGAUAGUCUAAGAAACGAGAACAUGACCAUAGAUGUGUUAAAAAUCAUGAACAAUGAAGAACUUAAAGAGUUGACCAGCAAUUGGAAAAUGGGAGAUCGUGUUCUCUUCAAUUAUCAUUUUGAACGUUGGCGCGAGGAAAUUAAUUUGCCCAUAACUGUUAGGAAACAUUUUACAUCCUUUGGUGAGCAAUUGUCCAGUGUGCUGCCUGUGGAUUCAGGAGAAUUAGUGCUGGGCAAUGUGGCCACUUCUUUGAAUAAUCUUACACCACGCUCCACGGGAUCUCGUUCGCCCAGCAAUAGAUCCUUGCACUCAGUGGAUAUUUCCCCCGAAACCACCGAAAAGAAUCGGGUAACUGUAGCCGAGAUUUUGGCCAAUCAUCGUAAUGGCCAGCGCAUUAUAGAGGCCUACAAAAAACAUCAGCGCCUUAAUGAGGAACAACGAAAUCUGGUGAUAACCAUGAUUGGUAGUUAUUUCGAUCAAAGAAACUAUCACAUGUCCUUGCAAACCAGUUACCGCUUGGAAAAGGAAAUUUUGGCCAUGUUUCCCAGUGAAAAGGUGGAAUUCUAUCGCACCGAAAGGCGAGGUAGAAUUUAUACCAAAUAUCAAAAUAUUAAAAAGUCCUCGAAAGUAUUCUCAGAUGAUGAGGGAGACGAGGCGACGGGAGGAAUGGGUCCGAAAUCACCGAAAAUACAAAAAGUCGUACCUGAACAGGAUGCUUCUGCCUGGGUCCACACUCUGAAAUAUGCCAAUUUGACCUGCGUGGAAUUCGAUAUUACUUGGCAAGCUUGCAGCAAUUAUCGCAUCAAUCAAAUUUUCAAUGAAUGUAAAAAUAUCACCGAAAUUUUAAACAAAUGGCCACAAUAUCUGAGACCACAGGGACACAAAUUGAUCGAUAAAGAUUUCAAUGAGCUGUUUAAAAACUACGAAAAUUUCAACAAUUGGGGUGGCAAAAUGCAAAAAUUGUUUUCAUUCUUGAAAAAACUUAAGCAUGUAAGAGAUGCCUCCAAUAAAAGGAUAUUGGAAUCACUAUUGGCCAAACAUGCCGGAGAUGAUGCUGAUUUAUUUUCCCUGAAAACCUUGUGGUGCCUGCAUUCCUAUUUGCAUCCCACCUCUCGUUUUGUGCGCCGCGAUGCCAAUGGCAAUAAAAAUAUACAACGUUUUACGGUCAAGGAUUCACAAGAAUCAUUUCUCUAUGUUGACCUUUCCAUACAGAGUCUGGAAAAGCAUAUUGAGUCCUUGCUGCAAAGAGGUGAAAGUAUACAACCUUUUAUAUUGGCAGUGGGUGAUUCGAUGUUCUCCAGCAUAGAACAGUGUUUUGUCUAUUUGGAUGGCAAUUUGCUUGCUUUCGAUAACUUUCUGCGGGCUUUGGAUAUUUGCUUUAAAUCAUUUCAUUUAUUCAAUUUACAAUAUCCGAAGGCCUCAGAUCCUUUUUGGACAUUUAUCGAAGCAUAUUUCUAUGAUAUUGAUACGGGAUCAAAGAAAAGUUACAAAAUUAAUACCCUGCUGCAGGAGCUUAGGGAUGGAAGAGAAGGCUAAGAGAAUAUGGAUAUUAUCUUCAUAGGAAGAUGUGUAAUAUUGUAUAAAGUAUUUUAUAUAUACGUAGUAAUAAAAAUAUGUAAAAAAUCUUAUAAAUAAAAUUCAA